GGGGACUGCGAGGCCCGGAUGUAGCUGGAGAGGGCAUGUCAUUUUGACAGCACGGCGGAAAGAAGCGUCAACAGAAAAAAACCCAGACACACAAAAACAACUCGGAACAGCGAUUCUUCCUUCUGUCAUCCCUUCUGGAAAAUGGUCACUCGGAAGAUCCGUGUUUCGCGUUUUAUGUCGGCGAUCCGCGGAGGACAUUAGCGCAGCUAGGCGUUGGAAACCAGGCAGUUUCGGCAGGGGGGGGGCAGGAGAGGACGUUACUGAGGAGGGAUGCCUGUUGAAAGCGGAAGCAGUGCAGCCGCCCGCCAAGCCAAGCAGAAGCGCAAGUCCCACAGCCUCUCCAUCCGCCGGACCAACAGCACAGAGCAGGAGCGGGCGGGGGCGGGGAUGCAGAGGGACAUGCUGGAGGCACAGGAUUCAAAGCUUCCCCUCUCUCUGAGGAACAAUCUCCUCGAUCUCUUUGGGCAGAUUGAGAGAGAGUUUGAAAACCUCUACAUUGAAAACAUUGAGUUGCGCAGAGAAAUUGAGACGCUGAACGAGCGUCUGGCGGCGGAAGGACAGACCAUCGAUGGCAGUGAUCUGAGCAAGGGCCCGAUGAAGGCGAAAGCCAGCCACAGCACAAGCCAGCUCUCUCAGAAACUGAAGACCACCUACAAGGCAUCCACAAGCAAGAUCGUGUCCAGCUUCAAAGCCACCACAGCCAGGGCGGUGUGCCAGCUGGUAAGGGAGUAUGUGGGGCACAGGGACGGGAUCUGGGACCUGAGUGUCACCCGCACGCAGCCGGUGGUUCUGGGCACCGCGUCAGCAGAUCACAGCGCUAUGCUGUGGAGCAUCGAGACCGGAAAGUGCCUUCUCAAGUAUGUGGGCCAUGCAGGAUCAGUUAACUCUAUCAAGUUCCAUCCCACUGAACAAAUGGCCCUCACAGCCUCGGGGGAUCAGACGGCUCAUAUCUGGAGGUACAUGGUGCAGCUACCUGCUCCCCAGCCGGUUGCUGACAUCAGUCAGGCGCCCUGCGAGGAGGACGUAGAUUUCUCCGACAAGGACGAGGCGGACGGAGACGGCGAGGGCCCCAGCGAGAGCCCCACCAUCAGGGUGCCCUCCACCACGCUCAAGAGCCACCAGGGCGUGGUCAUCGCCGCCGACUGGCUGGUGGGGGGCAAGCAGGUGGUCACCGCGUCCUGGGACCGGGCAGCCAACCUGUACGACGUGGAGACGUCAGAGCUUGUCCACUCUCUGACGGGUCACGACCAAGAGCUGACUCACUGCUGCACUCACCCAACCCAGCGCCUGGUGGUCACCUCCUCCAGGGACACCACCUUCCGGCUGUGGGACUUCAGGGACCCCUCCAUACACUCCGUCAACGUGUUCCAGGGACACACCGACACGGUGACGUCGGCGGUGUUCACCGUCGGGGACAACGUCGUGUCCGGGAGCGACGACCGCACGGUGAAAGUGUGGGAUCUGAAGAACAUGAGGUCUCCCAUAGCGACGAUCCGCACCGACUCCGCCGUUAACAGGAUAAGCGUCUCUGUGAACCAAAGAAUCAUUGCUCUUCCACAUGACAAUCGGCAAGUCCGGCUGUUCGACAUGUCAGGGGUUCGGCUGGCACGACUCCCGCGCAGCAACAGACAGGGUCACCGGCGCAUGGUGUGCUGUUCGGCCUGGAGCGAGGAGAACCCCACCUGCAACCUGUUCAGCUGCGGGUUCGACCGGCAGGCCAUUGGCUGGAACAUCAACAUCCCCGCCCUGCUGCAGGAGAAGUGAGACUGAUCCCAGAUCAGCGGGGGAGGGUCUCACACGCGCGCACACACACGCUUCGACCUGCGCACUGCAUGGAAUGUACAUAAAGCGCGUGAUGGUGUGGUUUUUAAACUGUGCCCCUAUGAGCAUCUAAAGACACCCCCAACCCUCUUCCUUAUGCAGCAGCUAAAGUCGUGUCCAUUAUUUGCUGCUGCUGUUGAAAUGUUACUGUGAAGGAAUUUGAGAUCAAGGUUGUACAGUUGUGGAAAGAAGGUCUUAUUCGUACUUUUGAUGGUGGUGAGGACAGUGAGCAGCAGUUGUGAUGGGUGAUUUUUGAGGAGGGAGACUUGCAGUACUAAAAUGUCAUUCAUAUCUGCUCUCUGUAUUGUUGAAUGGACCCCAGCUCACAUUUUGGUGCAGCCACUGUAUGUGUCAUGUGCUUCACACAGCAGCAGACUUGAACACUGAUCUCAUGAGAAGUCGUCAGCUUUUCAUCCCGGCCAGGGUUAGCAACAUCACUGGGUAAGUGCAGUUAGCUAUUCGUCUACUCCGUGGAGGCUGUACCUGAUGCUGUUACAUUUGGUCUGUUUAAUAGUAAGGAUUUUAAUUGUCGGUGUAGCUGUUGUACAGAACUGGAUGUUGUUUUAGAGGGGCUUGUUACCUUAUUUGAGUUACCAGACACUUGUACCAUUGCAUUUUGGGAAAUGGACUAAUUUAUAGUUUCACAGUUCAACCAUACACACAGUAAUCAUCUGUACCUCUUAGACGCGGUGGCGGUGUAUGAUCUUGCUGUUAGGUAAGGAAUAUUAAAAUAAGUUCAUGUUCUGCAUGUGUCCGCUGUAACAUUUUGAAAAAUGCCUUUGUGAGAAAUUUCAGUUUUGAGAGGAAAAAAAAAAAAAAAAAACAAUUUAGGAGAUCAGAAUUGUUGUGCUGUGGUCUUAUUUCUACAGGGGACAAACACCCAGAAGCAUAAUGAUGCAAUAAUUCCAGACUGCUUGUGUUGUACACAGUCCUGGUUUCAGUAGGAUUACAGAAAAAAAAAA